AUGGACGUGUCCGAGGAGAGCGCAAAGAAGAUCGCCGCGCUUCAGGCAAAGCUCGACAAGAAGCUUGGUCCGGAGUACAUUUCUCAGAGACCGGGACCGGGAGGGGGUCCUAAGCUCACCUACGCCGAGGGGUGGAAGAUCAUCAACCUCGCGAACGAAGUGUUCGGCUUCAACGGCUGGAGCUCGAGUGUUGUCAACAUCACAACAGACUUCAUUGACUUCAACGAAGAGUCGCGACGCUUCAAUGUCGGGGUCACUGCGAUAGUGCGAGUGACACUACGAGAUGGAGCGUUCCACGAAGACGUUGGAUAUGGUUUACUGGAGAACUCGAAGAGCAAGGGAGCCGCUCUUGACAAGUGCAAGAAGGAAGCGGUGACCGACGCUGUCAAGCGCACUCUGCGCAACUUUGGCAACCUACUGGGAAACUGCUUGUACGACAAGUCCUAUACACAAGAGGUGAUCAAGAUCAAGGUUCCCCCAGUACGUCUACCCCCUAUUUCAUAG